CGGGCUCCCUCAGGCACGGUCACGUUUCUGACGGUAUGAAGCCCGGAGUUUGCCGGGCUGUGAGGGGGCCGCUUCCCGGGGAAGGAAGAGGCGGCGGCGGCGGCGAGUGAGCCGUUGAGGGGAGAAACGAGGGAAGGGGUGGGCGAAGGAAGGACUGCCGGCCGCUCCCGUCCUUCUCCCCGGCCCCGUUUCCCGCCCCCGCGGAGCCCUUUCGAGGCAGGCAGCGUCACUCGUUGUAUAACCGGCGGCUUCCGCAGGCGGGUCUGCCGCUCCUCGCGCCCGCCGCCACCACAGGGGCGCGGGAGCCUCGGUCAGGGUGCGAGUUCUGCUCUUCUAAAGAACCGUUUGACUGACUCGAAGCCCGUUAAAAAGGUGUGUCCCCUAAAGCAGGUGCUUGGUGAACUCAGAUGUAAAAUUUGAAAAUGCUGAAUACUGAUAACAAAGAUGGCUUUAAAAAUAUCAGAACUGUACGGCAGCUUAUGCUAAGUACAGGUGUUCUGUUCUAUAACGGAGGAGCUGGAUUCUGAACUAUAUGAAACAAUUUGAAUUCUUUGAGAAUAUUUUAUAACAGUCAUUGACCCUGAAGUUCUUUGCUCAAAAUGAGUGACUAUUUGGAAAUGGCAAAUGCAGAAAACAUGGAUAUUCAAAUGAAGAACGAACAGAAUUUGGAAGCCCUUCAGGAAGACAUUGAAAUGAAUGGUGGAUCCAGUGCAAAUGAUGCAAGUGAAAAUUACUCCAGUGGGCAUGAUUCACAUAGCAAUGAGGGUGAAGAAAAUGGGAAAGAAGCAACUAUGAUUAUGGAAUCUUUAGACUGCUAUAAAAGCAGCGAACUACCAUCUAAAUCUAAAACCCAGAAGGAACUAAUAAAAACAUUGCAGGAAUUAAAAGGGCAUCUUCCUCCUGAUAAAAGGAUCAAAGACAAACCUAGUAUCCUGGCUACGCUGAAGUAUGCACUUGGAAGCAUUAAGCAAGUUAGAGCCAAUGAAGAAUAUUACCAGUUGUUGAUGACUAAUGAAAGCUAUCCAUGUGGCCUUGAUGUAUUGUCCUAUACUGUGGAAGAUGUUGAAAACAUUACUACAGAAUACAUCAUGAAGAAUGCAGAUAUGUUUGCUGUAGCUGUUUCUUUGGCUACUGGAAAAAUUCUGUACAUCUCCGAUCAGGCUGCCUCUAUUCUCCACUGUAAGAAAGAUGUAUUUAAAAAUGCCAAAUUUGUGGAGUUUCUGGCACCUCAGGAUGUCAGUGUGUUCUACAGUUCUACUACUCCAUACAGAUUGCCAUCCUGGACUAUUUGCAAUGGAGUUGAGUCUACCACCCAGGAGUGCAUGGAGGAAAAGUCUUUUUUCUGCCGCAUCAGUGCAGGGAAAGAGGAGCAUACUAGUGAGAUCUGCUACCACCCAUUUCGUAUGACUCCAUACCUUAUCAAAGUACAAGAUGAAGAUGAUCAGCUUUGUUGUGUGUUGCUUGCAGAAAAGGUCCACUCCGGUUAUGAAGCACCCAGAAUUCCUUCUAAUAAAAGGAUAUUUACAACUACACACACCCCAAGUUGUUUGUUCCAAGAUGUAGAUGAAAGAGCGGUGCCUUUGUUGGGAUACUUGCCUCAGGACUUAAUUGGAACUCCUGUCUUAGUACAUCUUCACCCAAGUGACAGACCUUUAAUGAUAGCAAUUCACAAAAAAAUUCUUCAGUGCGGUGGACAGCCAUUUGAUUAUUCACCAAUCAGGUUCUGCACCAGAAAUGGUGAAUACAUAACUCUGGAUACUAGCUGGUCCAGUUUCAUCAAUCCCUGGAGUCGAAAGAUUUCUUUUAUAAUUGGAAGACACAAAGUUAGAACUGGUCCGUUAAACGAAGAUGUGUUUACACCUCAGUGCGCAGAAGAAAAAAUCCUUCACCCUAGCAUCCAAGAAAUUACAGAGCAAAUAUAUCGGUUAUUAUUACAGCCUGUACAUAACAGUGGCUCUAGUGGCUAUGGAAGUUUGGGAAGCAAUGGAUCACAUGAGCACCUAAUGAGUGUGGCUUCAUCCAGUGACAGUAAUGGGAACAAUAAUGAAGAUACCCAGAGGAUACCCAAGCCUAACUCUUCUCAAGGUAUUUGUAAAGAUGGACGUGAGGCCAAAAAUAAAGAGCACGUCUUCGUCAAUUCCAGAUCAAAGCUUGAAAGUGAGAAAAAAUAUGCAGCGAAAUCCAGUGACCACGUGGAAAGUGCUACUCAGCCAGCAGAAAAUGAUGCUGUUGGAAUGGCUUGUCAGAGGAGUUUGGCUGCAGAAGAACUGGCUUGGGGAGAGCAACCUGUUUAUUCAUAUCAGCAGAUCAGCUGUUUAGACAGUGUUAUCAGGUAUUUGGAAAGCUGCAGUGCAGGUGAUGCAGUGAAGAAAUCACAGCCUUCCUCAAACGCUGCUUCACUGAAUUCUGAUAUGCUUAGAGAGAAAAGGCAUGACAUUAAAACACCCACAGAAAGUGUGCUGUCAAAAUCCCACAUAGGCCCUACGGAGUUGGAGAUACCUGAGAAAUCGAAUGCUUCUGCUGUUGUUGGUGCUCACUUAACUUCUUUAACUUUGCCUGGCAAGCCAGAGAGCGUUGUAUCUUUAACCAGUCAGUGCAGCUACAGUAGCACCAUAGUUCAUGUUGGAGACAAAAAAACACAGCCUGAACUAGAAAUAAUAGAAGAUGGUCCCAGUGGAACAGAACCCAUGGAGAGUCAGCUUAUUGCUCCACAAUCUACUACUACUCAAAAGAAUCAAGAAAAAGAGUCAUUUAAGAAAUUGGGGCUUACAAAGGAAGUCCUUGCAGUGCAUACACAAAAAGAAGAGCAGAGCUUUCUGACCAAAUGUAAAGAAAUCAAAAGGUUCCAUAUUUUUCAAUAUAAUUGCAGUUACUACUUUCAAGAAAGACCCAAAGGACAACCUGGUAACCGUGGUGUUCAUGGACCACGACAUGGCUCUGGAGUAGAUCAGUCUUGGAAGAAAAAUUGGAAGAACAGGAAAUCUAAGCCAAAACGACAGAAGCCACACAAUUCUUCAGACAGCACAACUUCUGGUACCAAACCUCCACACAGGUUUCCCCGGCUUGUCCCAAAUAGCACAGCCUGGUCUCCGUCAGAUACUUCUCAAGCAAGUUAUCCAGGAAUGCCUUUUCCUACAGUUAUGUCUACAUACCCACUUCCAGUUUUCCCACCAACAGGAACUGUGCCACCAGGUCCUGAAGCGCCUCUUUCUGCUUUCAGUGAAUCGCAGGACUCGGGAAAUCCCUGUCACUUGCCAUUAUCAGAGUUUCCCAACCCUCUGAUGACUCCAGUGGUAGCACUUGUACUCCCCAACUACAUGUAUCCUCCAAUGAACAAUGGGAUCCCUCAAGCACUUUAUCCUGAUCCACCUAGCUUUCCUGCUCAGCCUUCUUUCUCUUCCCAAGCAGUGUUUACAGCACAGCCUCCAUUCACUGCCUCAAACACAUUCCCACCUCAACCGUUUCACUAUAAUCCACUGGCAGGGAGUGAAAAGACCACUGUUGUAGAAUCUCGAAAUGAGCAAUCCCGUUCAUGCACUCCACAGUCUCCUGGCCCACAAGGUCAAGCCUCACCACCAUUGUUCCAGUCCAGGUGCAGUUCUCCUCUGCAGUUGAACCUUCUGCAAUUAGAAGAAAUGCCCAAAGUGGCUGAAAGUGGCGCUGCUGGUACACUAGGAAGCCAUGGAACUUUAGCUGAUGGAGGGGUGACGAGCAAACCCAUGAGCUCAGAGGACUGCAACAGAAAAGCAUCUUCCCCUGUUGGAUCGCCAAUGGAAAUUCAAAAUAGCGAUGCCUUCUCUGUAUCUAGUGAUUUACUUGAUAUUUUACUCCAGGAAGAUGCAAGUUCAGGCACUGGGUCUGCUUUGUCAGGAAGUGGUGUUUCAGCAGCUGCUGAGUCCUUAGGCUCAGUUUCAAAUGGAUGCGGCAUGUCAGGCAGUGGAACAGGAAGUAGUGAAACAAGUCAUACCAGCAAAUAUUUUGGGAGCAUUGACUCAUCAGAAAACAAUCAGAAAACAAAGGAAUCAGAACUGGAAGAAAAUGAGCAGUUCAUUAAAUAUGUCCUCCAGGAUCCCAUCUGGCGGCUGAUGGCAAACACAGAUGACACUGUUAUGAUGACUUACCAGAUACCCUCCCGAAACAGAGAAACUGUUUUAGAAGACGACAAACUGAAACUGAAACAAAUGCAGAAGUUCCAGCCAAAAUUUACAGAGGAGCAAAAGAGAGAGCUACUUGAAGUGCAUCCAUGGAUUCAGAAGGGUGGACUACCAGGGGCUGUUACUAAUUCGGAGUGUAUUUAUUGUGAAGAAAAUGUUAACAGCAGACUGUAUGCACAAGAUGAAGAAGAAAUCCAUAAAAUGGAGCUUAAUGAAAUGAUGAAGCCAUUGGGGGGGAAUAGCUCGACUACCCUGAACCAAGUCAACAGUGAAAAUGUUUAAUCCAUGAAGAUCCAUUUCGAACAUGAUCUGCUUUAUAACUAUUGCAGUACAUCAUUAGAUCUUCAGGGUUUUUAAGUUUGUUUCUUGUGAAAUGGAUCUAAUUUUAUAUAAAGCAAAUGGAUUUUUUGUUCUAGAAAAAAGUCAUUUGUGAUUAAUCUCUUUGAGAGGCUGCAUCCCUCAACCAGUCAUUGCUGAAGAAGUAUAAUAUCCAUUAUUUAAAACUAUGGAGGAUAUACUCGGAGCCUGAAUGGAUACAGCAAAGAAUUUCACAAAAUAUUGUGCCAUCCUAAAAAUUUCUUUCAGACUGCUUUUUUCAGUGACACAUAAUUUAGAAAUAUAUGGCAUAUUUUCUAGUUUUGAAUGAAUUUCAGGUUAGCGGAUAAAAUCAUGCAUGUUUCCCAAACCUAACUUCACCCAAUCCCAUCAGUAUUCUGAUACUUACUGUUGUUAAAAGCAACUCAAAUAAUUUCACCUUUCUAAGAUAUCCAGUAAUUUGUUUAGCUUCUUUAAAAAAAGGUUGUAUGCAUGAAAAAUCCCUGGCAGCCCGCCCACCCCACACCAGUGUUGAACCAUUCCUAUCCUAGUUUUCAAUGAUCUAUGAUCCAUGAUCCAAAAUUAUAAUAAAUUAUUCUUGAAAUAUG